CGGAGGUGGGCGGGGCUGGCCGUGAAGAUGGCGGCCGGUAUCCGGGAGAAGCAGACGGUGGCCUUGAAGCGUAUGUUGAAUUUUAAUCUUCCCCCUAUUAAAAACAGCACAGGAGAACCUGUAUGGAAGGUUCUCAUUUAUGACAGAUUUGGCCAAGAUAUCAUCUCUCCUUUGCUGUCAGUGAAAGAGCUGAGAGACAUGGGCAUCACCUUGCAUCUGCUUUUGCAUUCUGAUCGAGAUCCUAUUCCAGAUGUUCCAGCAGUAUACUUUGUAAUGCCAACAGAAGAAAAUAUUGACAGAAUGUGCCAGGAUCUUCGAAAUCAGCUUUAUGAAUCGUAUUAUUUAAAUUUUAUUUCUGCCAUUUCAAGAAGCAAACUGGAAGAUAUUGCAAAUGCUGCCUUAGGGGCUAGUGCAGUAACACAAGUAGCGAAGGUCUUUGAUCAGUAUCUCAAUUUCAUUACUUUGGAAGAUGAUAUGUUUGUAUUGUGUAAUCAAAAUAAGGAGCUCAUCUCAUAUCGUGCCAUUAACAGACCAGAUAUAACGGACACUGAAAUGGAGGCCAUUAUGGACACUGUGGUUGACAGUCUCUUCUGCUUUUUUGUUACACUUGGAGCUAUUCCUAUAAUCAGAUGCUCAAGAGGAACUGCAGCAGAAAUGGUGGCAGUGAAACUAGAUAAGAAACUCCGAGAGAACCUAAGAGAUGCCAGAAACAGUCUUUUCACAGGUGACACGCUUGGGGCUGGACAAUUCAGCUUCCAAAGGCCUUUGUUAGUCCUUGUUGACAGAAACAUAGAUUUAGCAACUCCUCUACACCAUACUUGGACAUACCAGGCAUUAGUGCAUGAUGUACUGGAUUUCCAUUUGAACAGAGUUAAUCUAGAGGAAUCUUCAGGAAUGGAAAAUUCUCCGGCAGGGGCUAGACCAAAGAAAAAGAAUAAAAAAUCAUAUGACUUAACUCCAGCUGAUAAAUUUUGGCAAAAGCAUAAAGGCAGUCCUUUCCCAGAGGUAGCAGAGUCUGUUCAGCAAGAGCUGGAAUCCUACAGAGCCCAAGAAGAUGAGGUCAAGAGGCUUAAAAGUAUUAUGGGAAUUGAAGGGGAGGAUGAAGGAGCAAUAAGUAUGCUUUCUGAUAAUACAGCUAAGCUAACUUCAGCUGUUAGCUCUCUUCCAGAACUACUUGAAAAGAAAAGGCUCAUCGAUCUUCAUACAAAUGUUGCAACUGCUGUUCUGGAGCAUAUAAAGGCACGGAAACUGGAUGUGUAUUUUGAGUAUGAGGAAAAAAUAAUGAGCAAGUCCACUCUCGAUAAAUCUCUCUUGGACAUGAUUUCUGACCCUGAUGCGGGAACUCCAGAAGACAAGAUGCGAUUGUUUGUUAUUUAUUACAUAAACUCAGUGCAGGCACCAUCAGAGGCUGAUUUGGAGCAAUACAAAAAAGCAUUGACGGAUGCAGGAUGUAAUCUUACUCCCUUGAACUACAUAAAACAAUGGAAGGCUUUUGCCAAGAUGGCUUCAGCUCCUACCAGCUAUGGAAAUGUUACAGCUAAACCAUUGGGUCUGUUUUCACGUGUUAUGAAUACAGGUUCACAGUUUGUGAUGGAAGGAGUGAAGAAUUUGGUAUUGAAACAACAAAAUCUACCAGUCACACGUAUCCUAGACAACCUUAUAGAGAUGAAGUCAAAUCCUGAGACAGAUGACUACAGGUAUUUUGACCCCAAGAUGUUGCGAGGCAGUGACAGCUCAGUUCCAAGAAACAAAAAUCCAUUCCAGGAGGCAAUUGUUUUUGUAGUUGGAGGAGGCAACUACAUUGAAUAUCAAAAUCUUGUUGACUACAUAAAGGGUAAACAAGGCAAACAUGUCUUAUAUGGCUGCAGUGAACUUUUUAAUGCUGCACAGUUUAUAAAACAGCUGUCCCAACUUGGGCAGAAAUAGGACCGAAAAACACCAUUAUUUGAAACUACCUGGCAAUUUGGAAGUGUGAAGAAAAAGAUCAUGACAACAAUCAGAUGACACCUUCAUAUCUAUAACCUUGUUAUAACAUUAAAACUUAAACCGUUCCAUUAAUCUGAUAAUUUUGAAGGAAGGCCUGUACUUAACAUAGUGUAUAUGAAUAACAUUUCAGAAAAUAAAACUUAAUCUAUAUUCUGUCUGCUGCAACAUUUCUGUGGUUGGUGCAUUUUACGUUUUUAGAUUGCAAAUGUAAUUGUGGUAUGUCUGGGACUUGAGUGCAAUAGAAAGUGUAUAUGCAAGACCUACAUGCAGAUAAUAGCAUUUAUCAGGUACCAUAUGUAUCCCUUAGUUCUUGUUACAGUAACUGACACAAUCGUUUUAAACAAAAAUUAAGAGAAAAUUGCUUAACUUGAAGAAAUAUGUUCUCCUAUUGAAAGCCAGACCAUCUAAAUGUAUGUUAGAAAAUGGAAGAAGACAAAACUGCAUUUUUAGGCUUGUAUGUUUAUCAGGGGAAAAUUCUAGUAACAAUGUCACAAGACUGGGAAAUAGCAAAAAUCAUAAGAACCUCAUGGAUAUGUUUUGUAGAACCCAAACUAAUUUUUCAGAACCAGCUAUAAAUGAUCAGUGUUUUUAAGCAUUUCAUAAGAACAUAAGAAUUGCCAUAGUGAAUCAGUGGUCCAUCUCGACUACUGUCCCCUCUCCUACAGUGGCCUGAACCAGAUAUUUCAGAAGAAGGUGCAACAAGCUCUUCAGAAAGUUUGUGUUCCUAACCUGUGAUAGAGAUCAGCUGGAACAUUGAAAUAUGUGAAUUUCCAAAACUGUAUUAUUUCUUCUAACUUCAGAUAUUCUUGUCAUCCACAUAAAUACCCAGUUCUUUUUUUAAUUUUAGACUCAAUAUUUUGUACCAAAGGGUUCUGCUGGCUAAUUGUG